CGUCCCCGUUAUCUGCUGCGCGAGGAAGACAGCGCGCGCAUUAGGUCGAUCCGGUCGGGAAAAUGCUGCUUCUUCUCACCUGUUGUCUCGCCGCAGGAAUCACAGCGCAGCCGCCUGCAAAGGCACGUUAUGGGCUGAAAGGCAGCUUGGUGUGUCUACAUGUGAAACACGACACAAGAGAUCAUAAUGGCUUUGACUGGACUAUCAACAAUAGCAUCAUCAUUGUGGAUAAUGGACUAUUAAACCCCAACUACGCUAGCAAUGUGUAUUAUGAUCAGGAAAACAAGUCUCUGUGCAUCAGGAAAGCAAACAUGACAGACAGUGGUCUCUAUGAGGCAAGUAUCAAAGUGGACUUUCAGCGUUCAGUUUGGACCUACGACCUGAAAGUUCAGGAAGCUGUUUCCACGCCAGUUCUCCACAUGACAGUCCACUCAAACCUCUCAGAUGCAUCCUGCAACAUCACGGUCAACUGUUCUGUGUGGGACGACUGGGUCUGGUCCACGUGUGACCAGGGCCGCUGUGACGCCGUUCAGAAGUCCCUCACCGAGGUCAACAUCACCGUCUCCAGCCGUGGUGGCCAGAUUGUGUGCAGUGGCAACAACCACGUCAGCAGGAAGAACGUUUCUCGACACAUAGAGAAGAAAUGUCUCCUGGGAGCUCCCGGAACACAGCCGGAGACGCCGGCGACCUCUGGCGUCAGCCUGUGGUAUGUUCUGGGACUGCUGCUGCCGCUGCUGUGCGGGCUGGCGUUCCGGAAGUUCUGCUGCUCACACGGCAGCUUUGCCAAACAGCAGAGCCUGCCCAUCAACGCAGAAAACAGUCUGUACAGACGAGGUGGGUCUGCUGUUUCACAGACGGGCAACGUUCACACGGCAACAGGAGGCCCUCCAGUGGCAGAGCGACACCAUGCAGGCGAUGAAUUCUCCUCCAGUGGAGUGGAGGGUACACAGCAACGCUUCCAUGCCGCCCAUCUCACGUUCCCCAACGCCGCGGAGUCCAGUCAGAAACAGGAAGUAGAUACAAUCUACAGCCUCUUACAGCAGCCGUUCGUGUCGCGAGACCACCGGGGCAACACGGCGUCGACAGAAAUGACGCAAGAGGCAGCGGCUGUCUCUGAAGCUGAGGCCACACCGGCAAACUGCGCGGUGCCAAACAAAUCACAGUCCCGGGACCGCGUCGAGUUCCCGCCCAAGAAAAAGAACAGACCCAAACAUUCGCCAGCGCCACUCCACACCCGCGCUGACGUUGCAGCCCCUCGCGCCGACAAGCUGCGUGGCGCGCGGGAAGGAAGGUCUGCUUUGGUUGCAGACAUGAUAGUUCACAGACAUGAAGAGGAGACGCAGGGCACGGCGGAGAUAUUGGAGAGCGGCAUGCAGGACCCGGGAACAGCGGCAAGUGCAGGGCUCCAUCAAGAGGACAGCCAGGGUACUGCACGAUAAGACACUGGAUCAGCAGCAACAGACGCCGACCUUUCACCAGUGACGGCGAACUGCGGAAACACCCCAAACUGCAGCCGUUUCACUGCAGUGACGCAUGUCUGUGCACAAUGUCCUACCGUACGCGCUGUCCCGGGAUGGUUCUCCACCGGUUGAUUUAGUUUCGGAGGAGGGUGUUUUUCAGAAACAUAAAUGUACUCUUUCUCCAUCUUCUUUUAAGAAUAUUUUGGAUGACGUAUAGUUUUAUCAGAUCAUACUUUGAGAUCGACACGUGUUUUGUACAACUGUUUUCCCCUUGUCUUUAAAAUAAACAAUUGUA